AUGGGUGGUGAAGAUUCCUUUAACCUCAGCAGCACCAACGAGAGCGUGGCCAAGAGCAGGCACACCCGGUCCGUCCAUGACCUGCCGCAGCCCCGCGACUGUGUGUUCUCUGCCUGGUCCUCAUGGAGCAAGUGUGAUCCCUGCCAGAAGAAAAGGUACAGAUUUGUCCGCCUGGAACAACCCUCUCAGUUCGGUGGAGAUCUCUGUGAUUACUCUGACAGAGAAGCUGAAGACUGUGUUACAAAUAGUCCUUGCAGAAGUAAAGUUAGAUGUGAAGGGUUUGUGUGUGCAAUUACAGGGAGGUGCAUUACACGACGGCUGCUCUGCAAUGGGGAUGAUGACUGUGGGGACUACUCAGAUGAAAAAAACUGCAAAAAGGUGUUUAGAAAAUGUGACCAGAAGACAGAACCAUACUGGGGAAUAGAGAAUCUGGCAAAAGGGUUAAAUAUCUUCACAAACAACUUGGAAGGAUUAGUUCUUGAUCACAGGUACUAUGCUGGGGGAUGUUCUCCCCAUUACAUCAUGGACACAAGAUUCAGAAAGCCAUACAAUGUAGAGAGCUACAUACCAGAGACCAAAGGCAAAUAUGAAUUUACAAUGACUGAAUAUGACUCUUACUCAGAUUAUGAAAGCAGUGUCCUGAAGGCAAAAUCUACGGAGUACAGCUUCAGCUUUGGUAUAAAAAUACCAGGACUGUUUGAAUUGGGUUUCAGUAUAAACGACUACAGGUUCAGUAAGUUCAUUCGGAGGACGAAAAGAUUUUCUUCAACUUCCAGCAAAUUCGUUCACGCCCGUUCUGAGCUGGUGGUUGCUAUUUACAAGCUGAAGUCCCGAGCCCUGAUGCUGCAUUACGAGUUCCUGCAGAGGCUCCACCAGCUCCCAUUAGAGUACAGCUAUGGGGAGUACAGAGAGCUCUACAGGGACUAUGGGACCCACUACAUCACAGAGGCUACCCUUGGUGGCACCUACGAAUAUACUUUGGUCAUGAACAGCGAUGAGCUCCGGAAGGCAGGUUAUUCUCUGGAUGAUGUCAAGAACUGUGCAAAGGGUGGCUUCAACAUUGGUGGAAAUAUUAAGGGAGUCUAUGUGAAGAUAGGAGGAAAUGUAGGUGUCUGUAGAGCCAUUUUAGAAGAGGCUGGAGACAACACCACCAAAAAACAGUAUGUGGAAGAUUUUGUCAUCCUUGUUCGCGGCGGAGCAAGCGAAUACAUUACCACGUUGGCUUACAAACAGCUGCCAACGGUGGCACUCAUGCAGGAGUGGGGAGAUGCUGUCCAGUACAACCCUGAAAUCACAAAUCUAAAGACAGAGCCACUGUAUCAGCUGGUGACUUCAACUGACUUCGCUAAUGCAAUCACAAUAAAAAAGAAUAUGCAACGGGCUCUGGAGGAGUUUCAGCUGGAGACCAGUUCCUGUCGCUGUGCUCCAUGCCGAAACAAUGGCAUCCCCUUUCUGCGAGGAAACAAGUGUGAAUGCUUAUGUCCCCUUGGCUACAGUGGUACUGCCUGUGAGAUCAGCGAGAGGAAAGAUCCUGCUAUUAAUGGAAACUGGGAGUGCUGGGCCAGCUGGUCUCCAUGUUCAGGAGGUCAACGAACAAGAAGGCGACAGUGCAACAACCCUGCCCCACAAAAUGGUGGCUCAUCAUGCUCAGGGCCAGACUCUGAGACAGCUACUUGCUAG